UAGCAAAAACUAAGUUUAAACUGAAGCACAAGCUUAAAAUCAAGGAUGAGGUAGAGGAUUAUACAACAGGUUUGUUACAAAGACAUAUUGUAGAACAGGUUGAAGAUUUGGUCAAUAUAGAGGCUCAAGAAAUCAUCCAAAUUACAAUAUUAUAA